AUGGCUACACGAUCGGCGAAUUCCUCGGAUGAAUCCAGCCCCGCCCGUGCAAUCUACAAGACAACUUUUCGAACUGCUUCUCCAUACCUCCGUCGACUUCCCCUUGUAGCUGAACCUACACAGUGUCCAGAAUCGAUUCUUAUUCACAAAAGAGCUAUCAUAAAUCGAGCCAAUGAUAUCCUGGAAAAAUACAAGCUUCUCAACAAUGAAUCCAGUGUGGAGAUUCUAAACCGGAGAAGCGUUUAUUACCGGGAGGAUGUACGUCUGACGUUAUUUAUUAUCACAGCAUGGAAUGAUGAAUCAUUUGCAACUUGGCCACAAGCUGUGCGAGAAAUAGUGGAUUUUAUCGAAGACCAAACCUCUGCUCUCCCGCAAGCUAUACUUGAUGUGGAAAUGAUUGCUCCAGAGAGGGUGAAGAAAAAAUAUCUUGGCCUCGUUGGCGAUGACCCCGCCUUACACUCAGCUUGGCCUUCCCUCGGUUCCUUGAUUCAAGAGCGCCUGGAACUUUUUGAAGCUACAUCCUCGCACUACACCUCGAUUGGGUUAUUCCGACUAGGCUACUCAGAGAUCGAAGAAGACAACCCAAUUACAGUCUACAUCCCAGUCGAAUAUGACUCUGACGAGACUGAGUGGCCCGUUAUUAUCGACGAUAUUCUCAGCACCCUUGCAAGCCAUGGUUGGCCUCAGCUCCACGUCCACAUCGAACAUGAGAUUAGCUUCGGGAACAUGGGGUUAUUGAUUUGA